AUGGCCCUCUUCCUCCAUGGCUUUGACCUUGGCGGUAACUUUGUCGACCUUCGACCUCUUGGCAUGGGUGUCACAGGCCUGGUCCUCUCAGCUAUGGACCAGCGCACUGGACAGCGUGUGGCAAUUAAAAAGCUGGUGAUGCGUGAUGCUGUGACAGUGAAACACGCUCUGCGGGAGGUCAAAAUCACCCGUUGGCUGCACCAUGAAAAUGUGGUCAGGGUUCAUGAGGUUUUGGCGCCGUAUGGACAUCCCCUUCCAAAAGACCCCACCCAGCUGAGUGCCCUGUACAUCGUCCAGGAGUGCAUGGAAACGGAUCUGGCUCGGUUGCUUGAACAAGGACCGCUACACACAGGUCAUGCUACUCUGCUGUUCUACCAGCUGCUGAGGGGACUAAAGUUCAUCCACUCUGCUAACGUCCUGCACAGAGAUCUCAAGCCUGCCAACAUUUUCAUCAACACAGACCAACUGCUGCUCAAAAUCGGAGACUUUGGGCUGGCCAGGAUAGUGGACCCGCACUAUUCUCAUAAGGGCUAUCUAUCCGAGGGUCUGGUAACUAAGUGGUAUUGUUCCCCCCGUCUGCUCCUAUCCCCCAAUAACUAUACCAAGGCCAUAGACAUGUGGGCCGCUGGCUGCAUAUUGGCUGAGAUGCUCUCUGGACGCAUGCUGUUUGCAGGAGCUCAUGAGCUGGAGCAGAUGCAGCUGAUUCUCGAUACUGUGCCAGUGCUGAGAGAGGAGGACAGGCAGGACCUGCAACAGGUGAUGCCUUCAUUUGUCAGUCGUGGAUGGACAGUAAAGAAGCCCCUUUCUGAAUUGCUGCCUGAAGUGGAUUCUCAGGCUGUGGACUUCCUGGAGCGUAUCUUGACCUUUAACCCCAUGGAUCGUCUGACAGCUGAAGCAGCGCUGUCCCAUCCCUUUCUCCAGCAGUAUUCCUGUCCAGAGGACGAGCCCACUUCACUGCAUCCCUUCCGCAUCGAGGACGAACUGGAGGACAGCCUCAUCACUGAGCAGAGCCUCAGCAACAGCAACAGUCAGGCCUCCAGCUUCCACUGGGAGAGGUACGAGAACAGUUUAUCAACAGAUGUGUCCUGGCAGCUGUCAGGUGGAAGGUGUCACUGUAUGCCACCUGGCCACAUCACCUCUGACCUGGGAGACACCACUGAGGAUGAGGAGGUGCAGAGAGACCCCCGGGCCAGUUCCACCUCAUUGUUAGAGGAGGCUCAGGUUGACCCACGCAAAUAUUCCCACAGCAGCUCAGCUGAACGCUUCCUGGAAAACUCUCACUCCUCUCUGGAACGGGCCUGUGGUUUGGCGUUUGGCGAACUGGACUGUGGUCGCUCCUGUGACUACAAAGUGGGCUCCCCUUCAUACCUGGAUAAAAUUGCCUGGAGGGAGGGCAAGCCUCAACACUACUCAGAGCCUAAACUGAUCCUGGAUCUGUCUCAUUGGAAGCGUAACACUAAAGGCCUCCCUGUGUCUGCUGAGCCUAUUGGUGGCAGCGUGGAGGACAUGGGAGAAAUGAAGGAGGAGGAAGCAGAACAGGAGGAAACAGGGGAUUUAUUUCAGGAGAUCUCUCGCUGGGUGGAGAGUACCCAGUCCCGUCUGCAUUCACCCGGUCUUAGUCCUUCUCUGGAGCCACGUUCCCCUUCCUGCUACAUCUCCUCUCCCCCACUCCCUCUCUCGCCAACUGACCUCCCAACCCCAGUCUUCCGCUACACGGAAGUUGUGCGGCCAGCUGAAUAUGAUGAUGACAGACUAAGCCCAGUUCCGCCUGUCACAUCUUCCUCCAGUUCCCUUCCCUCACUUCUCCCCUCAUCUCCCACCUCUCCGCUUCCUCCUCAAUCACCUCAAGCGGUUUCUCCCCCCACGUCGCCACUUAUUCCUCCCCGAGAAUCACAACCCCUCUCGUCUACUUCCUCCAUUUCCCAACCAGUAAAUGACAACUCCAUGGAGUCUCUUCCUGUCAAGCAAAAAGAGCGGCUGUUUGACCUGGAUGUCUUCAUAUCUCGGGCACUGAAACUGUGCAGGCAGAAUAAGGAGAAAGUUGACGGGAAGAAAGGAAAAGAGGGAGGGUGGAGGGAGGAAAGCAAACCGGCGAAUAUUAACCGAAUGGUGCCCAGGCUUCCAGAGCACAGGACUCCACCCCCACAGACCCCAAACUCGUGAUGCUGAUUUUCAACUUCAGGUCCAUCAAAGUAUAGCAUCAUAAUGGGUAGAACUUUCAAAUACUCAUAGUGCUUCACAUAGUGAGGGGUGUCCCUGGCUCAAUACGCUGUUUAAACAUUAGACCUUAUGGUUAGCAGCAGCAGUCUUUUGUUACUAUUGCAAUGACACACGACACGCUGUGACUGAACUCCUCAGUUAAAAAAAAAGCAAUCCUGCAGCUUUGUCUAGAGGUGCUCUCAGGCAAUAAGAAGGCAUUUGGGUUUAAGAUAAAUAGCCAAGCUUAGCAUUGCAAAUAUCAAGGAUUUGCUCUACAUGAAAAUAUUCUUAAAUAAUCAUUUGAUUUAUGAUUGUGGCAUUUGUGGUUUGCUGUCAUUUGUCAAGUUAAAGAUGGGUCAGACUUUAACUUGAUAGAGACUUAUUGUGUGAUGCAGACAGUCAGCCUGUUAACAAGACCCAGGCUAUAAGUAACUGACUAUAGAGGGAUCACUUUGGAUAUUUUAUGUUUGCUUUAGGUUUGUGUUUCUAUGCGGUGCUCCCCUGUGGUGCAUCACUCAGUCAGUAGCGUUCGACAUGUCAGACAGUCUUCCACUGGUGAUGUUCACCGAAUAAUGAAAGUAACACAGGAAAUGCUAUUUCCAAGUUUCUCUGAAUGUAUUAAGUGAGAAACGAUCAGUCAAAUUAUGCUAAAUUGUGAAUCACGUGAAUUUUAUUCAUUGCUGUUUUAACACUGUGUUAAUGAGCUCUGUCACUGCUACAUGCCUUGUAAACUUGUAUAAACUGUUGUCAUAUGUAAUUCUAUAUUAUGUUUUUUCAAGACUGCUGUUAGUGAUAUACUUUUGUCUGAAAUAUUCUUGUAUUCUUUGUUGAAUGCUAGAGCACAAUUUUCUGUUACUUUGGGGUGAGUUGUAUUUUCUUUAAUGUGGAAUGCUUUAUGGUAAUAAUUUAUGACUAUUCUGCAAACUUUGCUCUAGUUCAGUCGUAAAUAGUUUCAUAUCCUCUCUGGUCUGAAGCACCAAACAAGGUCAUCUUCUGCUGUACUCUCACUAAAAUGAUACCGUCCUCUCUAUUCUAGCCAGAUAUUGUCUUCAAUUGCCUCACUUGAAAGCCACAGACAGCUAUAAUGCAAACAAAACUAGUCUAUUCUUUGGAGAGUGUAGAUCCCUUACAUCGUUUAUGGGAAAUGAUUUGUACUCAAAAAUCCUCAAUGCUGCCCAGUAACCAUAUUGAUAUAUGGAAGAAAAAAUAACCAAAUAUACCAUAUAUUUUCAGAUACUUUUCUAUCCAGUGUGUUAGGCAGUAAAUUCUCAGAAUAUUAUUUCUUCCAGCAUCCAGUGUUUCCACUUCAAGGUCACCAAAUGAGAUAAACUCAUACAACCAGGUUUAAGUUUUAGUUGAUUUACGCUGUUGGCUCGUGCCUCGUACAGCUGUACUCUCUCCAUCAUCUGCUUCCCACAUGCAUUUCACUUGUCAAACUGAAAAGCUAUUAGGAAGCAUGUGGAAACUGAAUUAUUCUGCUUAGCUAGUGCCAGAAAGAAAUACAGCUGAAUUUGUGUGCCCCAUAUUCUGUAAGCAAGGAGAAAUAGGCUUCCAGCACCUUUAGUUUUGCUGUCUGACAUUAACUGCUCUGUUGUAAAUGCCUACAGUAAAUGUGCUGUACCUACAAGGUUCCAGUUAUUGGGAAUGACAAUACUGAGCUGUAGAGAAACACUGGCAGCACAGCUACAAUACAAUACAUAUUUUAUCUGUUUAGUGAUCUUGCAGCCCAUCAUCUGAUACCCCUUCUGACUAGACUUACCUGGAGUCAGUUGGCAAUGAUACCUUCUUACGUUCAAGGCUUAAAGCUGACAAAUGAAAUGUUUUUUUGUUGUUGUUAUUGUUUUUUCCACAGGCGUUUAAUGUUAAUGCUCCCAUAAAGUUGAUUUACCUUCAGUGUAACCAACAUGACCAGGUUGCGAGCAGAUUAUCACUUGCACAACACUGUAUGAUUUCCUAAUUAAGGAUUGAGCCAUACGUAAAAAUUGCCAACAGUACAACUUAUUAUAUUUAGCACAGUCAGAUAUAUUCUUUUAUAUUCACAAUAGACAUGAAGCACAUUUAGAGUCACUAGCACAUUCAAAAAUCCAGGUUUAUUAAAAUUCCACCACUCUCAGUGUUUUUCCUUAUCAAUAAUGACCUCUAAGGUAUUCAUACCUGGGCUGGACUGCUUGACAAACUUACAGAACUGUUCAAUUAAAGUGCAAGAAAACUGUUCAUUUUCUUUCCCAGAUGUAGCUGUUGAUAUAAAUGCAUAGAAGCUGUGCUGCAGUCAAACUAAUUCAAAUGAAUCUCGUUCUCAGUCUGUACAGGUCUAACGAUCACACAUUGCAUUAUAAAGUUUCCUCUGCAGGUAACCUAAGCCAGCAAUAACAUCACUGACAAAUACACGCCAACAUACUGUAACACCUGUAAUUACUGAGCCACAGUUAAUUGUUAAGUGUGUAAAGCAAUGUAGAAAAUGUGCCUCAGUACACCUCAAUGCUUCCAGCUUGCUGAAUGUAACAAAUUCCUCUCCCUUCUGCAUGGCUUUUACAACUAUUCAUAUAUCUUAAUCUUUGCUGUUUUUAUUUGGUAUCACUUUGUUGAACAGUUGUAUUUCUAUGGGCUCUUACUUCUUUUGUACUCACGCUUCAAGGAGACCUCCGCUUUUCUUUUGAGGAAAGCUGUGAGGUUUUUAAAUGCUGAAUAUUGAUUGAUAAUAUCUCUUUUUGCAGUUUCUGUUUUUGCUGAAAAGUUAAUAAAACAAUACUUAAACUCUUGUUUGACCUUAUUUUUCCUGCUGCCAUGACACAAUGCCAAUUAAGGUAAAAACAUUUCUGGAAU